AUGCCUCACAUCGAUAGAUUUGAUAAGAGUGGAGACCCGAUUGUUCAUGUUCACUUGUUUUCGGAUGUUCUGAGGCCAAUGAGCCUGACUCGGGCUCAAAAACUGUCAUUGUUCGGAAGAACUUUAUUGGACGUAGCAGUUAUCUGGUAUGCUAAACUGGAGGAUUCUACGAAACAGAAUUGGAAAGAACUGUCUGAGGGGUUUGUUAACCAAUACUCAUACAAUACUCAGAUAAAAGUAACCAUCAGUGAGCUAGAAGCGACUACCCAGAACCCUAAGGAACCCUUUAUUGACUUUGUUGCAAGAUGGAGGGCAAAAGCAGCCAGAAUGACGAAUAGGGCAUCAGAAAAGGAACAAGUUCGGUUAGUAAUUCAAAAUCUCGAACCAGAUAUGUUACAAAGAAUGAUAGUGGUGCCAUUAUCUAUAUUUGCUUCUCUAUACGAACUGGGGGUCCAAAUUGAAAGUGCAUUUAAGAAAAGCAUCAUUCAGAGAACAAGUGAAUCGGCAAAAAGGCCAUUUUCCAAGAAUACCAAUGCUAGCAAUAGCACUGUUCCUCGGCCUGCCAAGAUUAGCACUGUCGUCACAGCGGCCAAAAUGGCCGAUCCCUUCGCCGCUACAAUCUCAUAA